UUCGUGGGACCGCUCGUGUUUGCGUGCGCGCGCGCGUGCGUAUGUAGCCCAGCUCUUCACAAAGCUACGGGAAAUAUGAGUUGAAUACGAGACAGCAGCUGAUCCGACCGCCGGUAAGGGACGCUGCCGCUUGCCCUGUAGGACAGGCUACUCCUCCCGCCUCUUCUUUCCCACUCUGGCCGCUCCUUUACCCCCCUGUCUCUGCACACCGAGAUGUGAUUUUCACCGCCGCGAAAAGAACAGAAGGCUUUCUCUUUUCUUUCUGUCUUCCUUCUUUUGUUUUUUUUUUUUUUUUUUUUCUACCGGCAUUAUUGGAACUACGUCUUUUUUUCUUUGGUCGCUUCAGACCUGAACCAUUUAUGACCGAAGGAUCCCCAGCUCGACUGCGUCUCAUUUAAGGACACUUUCCCACCGGGAGCGGCAGGAGAAAUAUGGAACUUGAUCGGUGCUUUUUUUUUUUCUGCGUUCCACGCGCCCCGGGAGAUAAUAACUAAAAUACUGAAGAAAAAAAGCGCAUGAGUUAACGUGGAGGAGAAGGAGGCAGAGGAGGAGGUGGAGGUGGAGGGCUGGGGGGUGUUCGGCUUUGGGAUGAAGUGGUGCUGAGAGAGGGGAAAAAAGGGUGAUCACCUUCCGAAGGAUAUAAAGAAAACGGAGGGGGAAAAUGCAGUUUGAGACAUUGCGUCAGUUCUGUAGCUCGGUUUUAUCACAUUUCAACGGGGCUUUCUCCGCACCUCAGAACAUCCUGCAAACGGAGCUUUUCGAGCAGGCGCUGGGCAACAUCGGGAAACGAAGCCCGUCUGCAUCCAGGGAUCCAAACCAAAAAUACGACCAAAGGGAGGGGGGCGACCACCCGCAGUAUGCACCCACAGACAACAGCAUGCCCAGAUCACCGUCAGACUACGGGGAUGUGGACCCACGGCGGGUUCCGCAGGGCCCACACAUAUUCCCCGACGUCGAUGCGAUGCGGUCGGGCUACCGGGACCGCCGGGGACCCGGCCGCUGGCACUCCCAGGAAUAUCCGCUGGACCAAGAGCUAGACGGGCCACCCAGUGACUUUGACCUCCAGCGCCAGCGCCAGGAGGAGUUCCAGAUGCGGUACCGCAGCGACCCCAAUCUGGCACGCUACCCCGUAAAGCCCCAACCCUACGAGGAGCAGAUGAGGAUGCACGCCGAAGUGGGCCGGCUGAGGCACGAGCGCCGCCACAGCGACGUUUCCCUGGCCUACACGGAGCAGGACGAGCCGGGCCCCAUCAGACUGUCCCGCCAGCAUCUCACCGAGCGCCGGCCGCCGAUGGUGGGACAGCGCUCUUACUCCGUCGACCGUUCUUCCCCUGGACCCAUGGGGCCGGGCCUCGGAGGUCACAGGGGCUCCAACCGCAGCCCCCCGACGCCGCAUCGGAGCCCCGUGCUCGGUGACCGGUCGGGGGACCUGCGGCGAGGAGACCUGGGCGUCGGAGGGGACCCCAUGAUGAGGCAGCAACACCACCUGGAUCCCAAUUCGGCUGUCCGCAAAACCAAGAGGGAGAAGAUGGAGAGCAUGCUGAGGAAUGACUCUCUCAGCUCGGACCAGUCGGAGUCGGUGCGGCCGCCCCCCCCCAAACCCCACAAAACCAAAAAGGGUGGAAAGAUGAGGCAGGUGUCGCUGAGCAGCUCAGAGGAAGAGCUGGCCACGACCCCGGAGUACACAAGCUGUGAGGAUGUGGAGAUUGAGAGUGAGUCAGUCAGUGAAAAAGGGGAGAGUCAAAGGGGAAAAAGAAAAACUAUUGGGCAGGCAUUUAUAUCCGAGCCGACACACACCUUAUCUGAGAGGCAAAAGAAAAUGGUGCGCUUUGGGGGACACUCAUUUGAAGAGGACUUGGCAUGGUGUGAACCACAGGUUAAAGACUCGGGAGUUGAUACGUGCAGUAGCACUACCCUAAACGAGGAGCAUAGCCAUAGUGAGAAGCACCCGGUGACAUGGCAGCCAUCCAAAGACGGAGAUCGCCUCAUUGGCCGUAUUUUGCUCAACAAGCGCAUGAAAGAUGGAAGUGUGCCUCGAGACUCAGGAGCUCUACUUGGUCUGAAAGUAGUUGGAGGCAAGAUGACAGAAUCUGGCAGACUUUGUGCUUUUAUCACUAAAGUGAGGAAAGGAAGUCUAGCAGACACAGUUGGACACCUCAGACCAGGUGACCAGGUUCUGGAGUGGAACGGACGGAUUUUACAGGGAGCCACAUUUAAAGAAGUUUACAAUAUCAUAUUAGAAUCCAAGCCUGAGCCUCAGGUGGAGCUGGUGGUCUCACGGCCCAUAGGAGAUAUUCCAAGGAUACCCGACAGCACACAUGCACAACUGGAAUCAAGUUCAAGCUCUUUUGAGUCUCAAAAGAUGGAUCGUCCCUCAAUCUCUGUCACAUCCCCCAUGAGUCCCAGUAUGCUGCGGGACGCCCCCCAGUACCUGUCAGGACAACUCUCAAGCCAAAGCCUUAGUAGAAGAACAACGCCUUUUGCCCCUAGGGUCCAGGUCAAACUCUGGUAUGACAAAGUGGGUCAUCAGCUAAUUGUAACCAUUCUGGGUGCCAAAGACUUGCCACCCAGGGAAGACGGCCGGCCCAGGAACCCUUACGUCAAAAUCUACUUCCUGCCUGAUAGAAGUCUGAAUUAUUGUUCCUCCAGUGAUAAAAGCAAGAGGAGAACAAAAACAGUAAAGAAAUCCUUAGAGCCCAAGUGGAAUCAGACCUUUAUGUAUUCGCCGGUCCACCGGCGGGAGUUCCGGGAGCGCAUGCUGGAGAUCACGUUGUGGGACCAAGCCCGGGUCAGGGAAGAGGAGAGCGAAUUCCUGGGAGAGAUUCUCAUCGAGUUGGAGACCGCUCUGUUAGACGACGAGCCUCACUGGUACAAGCUACAAACACACGACGUGUCGUCCAUGCCACUCCCACGUUCCUCCCCAAACGCACAACGCAGGCAGCUCCACGGAGAGAGCCCAACACGGCGGCUGCAGAGAUCCCAGAGGAUAAGUGACAGCGAGAUAUCAGACUAUGAUUGUGAAGACGGAGUGGGUGUUAUAACAGAUUAUCGGCCAAAUGGAAGAGACUUCCGGAGCUCCACGCUGUCCGUCCCAGAGCAGAUGAUGUCGUCUAACCACUGCUCCCGGUCUGCGGACAUAAACCGGGCCCGGUCGCGCUCUCCCAGUGUUCCCCCACCCUCCAGCCGCAACCACGGCGUGUACCCAAUCUGCAGAGAGGAAGCAGUCAGGUUACUGCGUUCCACUCGGAUGACCCGUGCCUAUUCAGAGGGCGCCUACUCCUCCAACUUUGCCCACCAGAGGAACCACGGAGCCAUGGAUAGACACGAGUUUCACAGCAGGUCCCGCUCGGCAGACCAGCGGCCCACUAUAGAACGCCUCUCGUCCCGCUCGCGCUCCACCGAACGCCCCCACGACUCUUCCCUCAUGAGGUCGAUGCCGUCUCUGCCGUCUGGGAGGUCCGCGCCCCCCUCCCCUGCCAUGACGAGGGCACAUCCUCGCAGUGGAUCUGUCCAGACCAGUCCCACCAGUACUCCCAUGUCCAGUAGACGAGGGCGCCAACUCCCACAGCUUCCACCCCCAGGAACAGAUAGAAAAGACACGGACUCACCAAGUUGGACGAACUCAGGUAUGGACAUGGAGGAGAAGACCAGGCAGAUGAAACUGAAGUUGAACAUGUACAAACAGGGAGCCAGCUCCGACUCCAGACUGGAACAAGACUACCACAAGCGCUCAGGCAGAGACCCGCGGGGCUCCGACAACUUGUCAGCCAAGUCAUCGGACAGCGAUGUGAGCGACGUGUCCGCUGUGUCGAGAACCAGCAGCGCCUCUCGGUUCAGCAGCACCAGCUACAUGUCUGUCCAAUCAGAACGGCCGCAGGGAAACCGCAAGAUCCGUGACUUUGCAUCCAAAAUGAAAAACAGGCAGAUGGGCACAUCCGGUGGGGUGAACAUGACCAAGAGCACAAGCAUCAGCGGUGACAUGUGCAACCUGGAGAAGACGGACGGCAGUCAGUCGGACACGGCGGUCGGCACGGUAGGCACCGACGACAAGAAGAGGCGCUCCAGCAUUGGUGCCAAAAUGCAGGCCAUGGUUGGCAUGUCGCGCAAGAGCCGGAGCACCUCUCAGCUCAGCCAAACAGAAGCAGGAGGUAAGAAGCUGCGGAGCACCGUCCAGAGGAGCACGGAGACGGGGCUGGCGGUGGAGAUGAGGAGCAGGAUGACUCGGCAGGCCAGUCGGGAGUCCACAGACGGCAGCAUGAACAGCUACAGCUCAGAGGGAAACCUCAUCUUCCCCGGAGUGAGGCUCUCCUCGGACGCUCAGUUCAGCGACUUCCUGGAUGGUCUCGGACCUGCCCAGCUGGUUGGACGGCAGACUUUGGCCACUCCACCAAUGGGGGACAUUCAAAUAGGCAUGGUGGAGAAAAAAGGAGCCCUAGAGGUUGAGGUCAUCAGAGCCCGGGGCCUUGUGGGUAAACCAGGAUCCAAGGCACUGCCAGCACCAUAUGUAAAGGUCUACCUUUUGGAAAACGGAGCCUGCAUAGCCAAAAAGAAAACAAAAGUAGCAAGAAAAACUCUGGACCCUCUCUACCAGCAGCAACUGCCGUUUGAGGAGAGUCCAGGAGGGAAAGUUUUACAGGUCAUCGUCUGGGGCGACUAUGGCCGCAUGGACCACAAAUCCUUCAUGGGAGCAGUCCAGAUCCUGCUAGACGACCUGGACCUGUCCAACAUGGUGAUCGGCUGGUACAAGCUCUUCCCUCCUUCCUCGCUAGUGGACCCCACGCUGGCCCCGCUGACGAGAAGAGCUUCCCAAUCCUCGCUGGACAGCUUCUCGCGAUCGUAGCAGCGUUGCGGACCUAACAGCGUCGUUGUAGCAGCCGGUGUUGCGAUUUGCAGGUCACGAGGCCCCACCCCGGUUACACUGCAUGCUUGAUGUUGUGUCUUCUGAGCCUGUUUCUAGGGGCGCAAAACAAAACAAAAAAAACAACAAAAAAGAAAUAAUAAAACGUGAUCCUGUGUUUUAAACAAAAACGUUGCGCACAUUGUGCACGUGGCAAAGCGCGUUGCAAGCACCCAGCGGCAGGGAAUUGCCAGGUGUCGUUUGUCAUUCGGAGGAAGCCGGGACGAACUCCUUAGCACGAGGAACUCAUCGGUUCCGGCUUUUUCUUCCAAUUUGAAGCCAUGGGGAGGGGCUGACACCGGGAACCACUAAACGAGUUCCGGCAGAGGCCCCUUUUUAGAAUGAAAAAAAAAAAUCAAUGUUAAGUUGAUUUUUUUAAAUUUUUUCCUGUCUUUUUUCUUUUUUUUUAUGUCUGUGUACUUUUAUCUGAAUGGGGGCCGUGGGGGUGACGGUGUUUCUAACCAGAUGCUUGGUCACACCAUGCCAACAAACCUAGCGACAUAAAUGCAGUUGUGGAGACCAACACUUUCAACGAGGGGGAGGGUGUGUGUGUGUGUGUGUGUCUAUCCUCCUACAUGCAAGAAAAAUGCAUUGCAUCCUCUGGGUUUAUGUGCUGAUCCAUCUUUGCUGGUAAAUCACCAGUUAAUCAGGGGCAAUACUGAAGUGGCCACCCACCAACACUCCAGAAUACACAGUAGCAAUCCCAACCCCAUGAAAAAAAAAAAAAAAAGUAAAACUUUUUAUUUUCCUCCUUUGUUGAUAUACCGUACAAAAAAUCAAACUUUUUUUUUUUUUUACCCCUUUUCAGUUCAUUUGCAUGGGCACAAACUCUUAGCUGAAUUUAAAAAGAAAAGUAUAUAUAUAUUUAUUUUCUUGAGGCUGUAACUUGCAAAAAAAAAGUUGAAGAAAACGAAAUGAAACAAAUCAGCCAUUUUCAACGAUUUAUAUUAUUUUUAAAGAAAUAUUUCACUAGUGCAUGGUUUUCAAGGGGAGUGAAUGCAACAUUGUGACAAAAAAAAGACAUUAGUUUAUCAUUCUUUAGACCAUUCAUGGGUGUUUUUUCAGACAUUCAGAUAAGGGAACUUUAAAAAAAAACAUUUGGAGUUAUUUAAGAAAAAAGUGACAAUGAAAAUAAAUGUUAGUUAUUUAUUUCAUUGUAAAAUGCUCCAGCCUUAUAAAGAAACAUUAUGUGCAAAUUGUACAUUUCUCUUUUUCUUCCUGGUCCCAGGGUACUUCUCUUUGUAGUAUUCGCUGCUACCACCACUUAGUUCCCUGAUAUGGUCCUAAUUUUGGGACUCAGUUUCUUUACAGUUCUGCAUUGUUUUUAAUACGUUUUUUUUUUUUUUUUUUUCUUAUUUUGUUUUAAAUUGAAUUUGAUUUUACAAGCAUGUUGAAAAGGAUUUUCUGCAACAUGUCUUGGGCACACCUUACAGUAACUCAGCAUGUUUUGAUAAAGAUGAUAUUUGGACUUUUUGCAGAUUCUUGUACAGUGCAUGUGAACUUUAUUACUUUUCUCCCUCGCAAUUAAUUGAGCAGCAAAUUAGAAGUUGGUCUUCCGCGGCCAGUUAUCGAGGUCUAAAACAAGAUGAGAGAAAAGAAGAAGAAAAAAUAAAGACAAAAAAACA